UUUGUUUUCAGCGGCGGCGUACUGUCACUAUUGUCAUGGCGCUCGCGUGAAAUGUCACCGAGGUAGCGAAUCGUUUAUACAAUGUAAAUUAUUAGCUUAUCCUGUAUGAUGUAGUUGUGUUUAAUGAGUGCCGUGUGUGUGGUGUGCGAACGCCCGUGGAGUGAUGUCAGUGGCCGGUGGGAAUGCGAGCGCGGAAGAGAAAAAACCAGGUUAUUGUGAGGAUAGCACGGACAGCGACAAUGACACGGAGAGGAAGAGGCUGCUGCGGAGGAUAUCAACAAGCAAGUGCGUCGGGAGACUACCGGUGGUCAAGGAGGGUUACCUGAUGAAGCAGACGCGCAGCUUCCAGCGAUGGCAGCGCCGGUACUUCAGGCUGCGCGGGCGCACGCUCUACUAUGCCAAGGAGAAAGAGAGCCAACUGUGGGACGAGUACGAGUUAGAGGACGCCACCUUCGCGGAGUGCAGCAUCAACAACGCCAACAACAGCUUUCAGGUCAUAACAGCAAGUCGCUGCCUGGUCCUCUGCGCCGACAGUCGCAACGAGAUGGAGUCGUGGGCCGGAGCACUGCGCGGCGCCCUGCACCGCGGUGCUGAUGUCGCUGACCUGGUUGCUAGACUGUCUUCUGGAGACCACCACUGGUACGCAGCAACCCACGCUCGGCCGACAUUCUGCAACGUAUGCCGGGAGCCUUUAGGCGCGCUCGGCACGGCGCACGCGCUGGCCUGUGAGCUGUGCAAGUUCAAAGCGCACAAGCGAUGUGCGUCGCGGGCGCCGCCAUCUUGUAAAUGGAGCACGCUCGCUUCGCUCGGGCCACAUGUCGUCGAAGAUGCUGAUGGGAACAUAAUAAUGCCUCACCAGUGGUUGGAAGGCAACCUUCCCGUAGCUGCCAAGUGUGACGUGUGUGACAAAACCUGCGGCUCCGUGCUCAGAUUACAAGACUUUAGAUGCGUUUGGUGUCGCCGCUGCGUGCACGCGGCGUGCAAGCCGACGUGGCGCGCCUCGUGCUCGCUGGGCCCCGCGCGUGCCUCCGUCGUGCCACCCACGCGCCUGCACUCUGUGGGGCCCGACGACGCCUGGGUCCCAGACAGGCCGCCCAAUGCCAGUCCUCUUAUUGUGUUCGUUAAUUCUAGAUCAGGUGAUAACCAAGGCGUGAAAUUCCUCCGUCGCUUCAAGCAGCUUCUGAAUCCGGCUCAAGUAUUCGAGCUGAGCGGGGCGGGUCCUCGCUUAGGGCUCCGGCUGUUCAGGCACUUCGCCCCCCUCAGGGUGCUGGUGUGUUCGGGAGACGGCUCCGUUGGCUGGGUCCUCCAGGAAGUUGAUAAGUUGGAUAUGCAUCGUCAAGUGCAGACUGCAGUACUACCCCUGGGGACUGGCAACGACCUGGCUCGAGUCCUCGGCUGGGGAGCCUCAUGCGAUGACGCAGCCAACCUGCAGGUCCUCAUCGAGCGGUACGAGCGAGCGAGCACUAAGAUGCUGGACAGGUGGUCAAUAAUGACGUUUGAGCGCGCGCUCACAGCGCCGCCGCCGCCUCCCGUGCCGCCCGACUUACUGGAGGAAACCACGCUGCUGAGGAACUUGCAGGAUAUUAUGCAGGCAGGAGAAAUGAGCUGUGCAGCCAGCACUUCGCUCCGCGCGGGUUGCUCUCGCCUGGCCGCGGUGGGUGAGCGCACGGGCGGCGGCGCGGCGCGAGCGGCGCACCGCUUGCGUCGCGCUGUGUCGCUCUUAUUGCACGCUAGGGCCCAUCUCGCACAUGACCAUGCGAGAUGCAAGUCUUGGGAGCCAGUGGAGACGACGAGCGACAGUGAACCUGAAGCACAACCAGUUGCCGAGAAAGGCAGCAUCGAAAAGACUGAAAAGGAGCAACUGAACUGGGCAGUGCGUGGAUGCGCGCUGGCGGGGCGCGCGGACAGCGUGCGACGCGCGCUGCGCUCGCUACUGCGCACACUCACGCAGAUCUACCCACAGGGUGUAUCACAAGAAGGGGAUUCUUGUGACACAUGCGAGGGUGUCAGCACUGGGGGUCCGGCGGUGGAAGGGGCGGAGCUCCCCACUGCCACCAGCGCCCCCGACAUGGCGGCGCUGCCGGUGCCCAAAGCUUUCGCUGACAGUCGACGCUCGUCAGCUGCCAGUGCUAUUUCUGCUGCUUCCCUACAUCCAGAUAACAUUCCAGACGUAGAUGAAGAUAUAGUUAAAUUAAUAAGUUCGAACCCACCGGAAAACUUCACCUUAGACGUGGAUAACAAAGCAGAGCGCAGCAAGACAAGCUCCGCCUCGCCUCAGGACCGGCUCUCGCUGUCAAACCUCUCCUCCUGUGAUACUAGCUCCUGCAAGAACCUCCUGAGGCCAGAACUAGAGCGCACAUAUAAUAGUAGUAGUCUUACGAUACCUAACCUAGUUGUCUCUGACGAUAGCGAUAAGAAAUCGAUAUUACAGGGAGAUACUUAUGAAUCGGACCAAUUGACUAUUAUAGACACUGACAAACCGUAUACUGAUGAUGAACACUUCGAAGUGAGUGCGAGAGCGACGCCGGCGAGUGGAGAGUGUACGCCGGACCGGCGGCUCUCGAGCGUAGACCUGGAGAUCGAAGCGAGCAGUUCAGAGGGGUCCAACAUUAGCGACGACUUUAGUUUAAUAUCGGAAAUUAUUGAUGCUAAACCAGAAGACCUUGAAGAGGCAGGCGGCAUUGGCAUCGGACACAUAGACUCUCCUGAAGUAUCAGAAACCACUUAUGUCAAUUCUGAAACCUUACACGGAGAAUCUAUCAUGGACGACAUCAGUUCAAUGCUUGGUCAAGAAGUGUUACUGGCAAUGAUGGGUAAGAAUGGUGAAAACGAAACGUAUACAGAUGAUACAACUCUUUUCACGUCCGAUACAGUAUCAGACAUUGCAAUGGACAGUCGGAACCCAAGCCUUGAGAAAAAUAAUGAAGCAAAACUGAAAUACAUGACUAAAAUUAAGAAACCGAAGGAACCAGACGCAGAGAAGUUUGGUUUUGAAAACAGAGUAUUCUACAUCGAAAAUGCAACGAAAGUAGAAGAGCAAAUUAAGUAUUGUAGUCUCGCGCACUUCGAAGAAGGCAACGAUAUAGCGAGGAAGUCUUUUAAGAAGCAGAUGAGGAAAAGUCUAAAGAAACGCGUCGUUGAAGACGUGAGCUUAAUACAUUUGCUUCCAAAAACAAAUGAAGAAACACUCAGUAUGAAAGGAGCUGAAACACCUUUGACUCCUAACUAUAUGGAACCGCCAAGAUUGAUUUGUGAUGAUCAGAUCAGUGUUCCAGAAUUGGGAGCUUUUCCACAAGUGAGCGUUGUUGUGGAACCUCCGUCUCCAUCACAUAGCGAAGACAAGAAGAGUUUAAAGACUUGCCCCAGCCGUAUGGCAUCAGUACUGAGUGACAUCUUCGACCAAGGUACUGAUACGCUAAGCGUGAAUUCUCCGGAGCCAAGUAUAGGGAGCACAAGGAAAAGAAGACAGUCAGACAAUCCGAGGCUCUUGGGACAAACGGACCCUGAAUAUGGGAAGUUCCUGAGUUGUUCUCCUGCUGCUACUAGGAGGAUAUCCUGCGGAAGUCUGUUCAAGCCAGGAGAACCAGAUAAACUUUCAACAUCAGUGUCGUCAAUAUGGGGAGAGGGUGGAGCUUCAGCUAGUCUUGGAACCAAAGAGAGUAAUGAAACCACUAAGAAGCUGCCGAUCAUCAACCCCUUGGUACAGCUGCCAGCCUGGCCUCACGUGACUCAAGGGUUCAUCAGCCAAUGUCUUCUAGCCAACGCUGAUGCCUUAUGUGCAGCCGUCAGUCCACUCAUGGACCCUGAUGAAACUCUUCUAGAAGGUUUCUAUGAAAGGGCUGUAAUGAACAACUAUUUUGGCAUCGGGAUUGACGCGAAGAUCACUUUGGACUUCCAUAAUAAGAGGGAGGAACAUCCAGAGAAGUGUCGCUCGAGGGCACGGAAUUAUAUGUGGUAUGGAGUGCUGGGGUCUAAGGAGUGGGUGAAUAGGACAUACAGGCAUCUUGGUCAGCGUGUCCAGCUGGAAUGUGACGGUCAAAGGAUUCCCUUACCGGAGCUACAAGGCAUAGUCGUGCUGAACAUACCCUCGUUCAUGGGAGGCACCAACUUCUGGGGAGGAACCAGAGCUGAUGACAUCUUCCUUGCACCUUCUUUUGACGAUCGGAUACUUGAGGUGGUAGCAGUCUUUGGCUCCGCACAAAUGGCGGCCUCCCGUCUCAUCAACUUACAAAAGCAUCGGAUAGCCCAAUGCCGUGCAGUUCAGAUCAACAUUCUUGGCGAAGAGUGCGUGCCAGUCCAAGUCGAUGGCGAGGCCUGGCUCCAACCGCCAGGGUGUGUCAGGAUCAUACAUAAGAACAGAGCGCAGAUGCUCUGCCGGUCCAGAGCGCUUGAAACUAGUCUUAGAACAUGGGACGAGAAGCAGCAACUGAAAGCGCAUGCGUUGGCUGGGUCCGGCGCGGGCGGCCCCAGCAGUCCGCGAGUGGCGCUGUCGCCUACGGAGAGCGCUCAACUGCUGGCUUUGUUGGACGAUGUUAAUACGCUUGUUAAACAUGUAAAACUAUCAUGCAUAAGCGAAACGUCAGCGUGCGGCGGGGUAUCACACGGCGUGGCUUUAGCGCGCCGCGUGUCUGCGCACGCAGAUGCGCUGCAAGACGCAGACGGCAAGCUACUGCCUGCUCCUCAACUACGGAGACUGCUGGCUACUCUGGUGGAAAGUUGUCACGAGCUAGUAGAGAGUGGCGGUAUAACCGGGGCAGGCGCAGGCGCCGCCGCGUCGCUGCGCGCGCAUCUCGCUCGCGCCACGCUGCAUGACGGAUACGCGUUCCUGCAUACUGACGAGGUCCAAAAGAAGGGCAGUCGCUGGCUGAGGGGACGACGAAGCGUUUCCGAAGGACCUACGCCUAGUUACACAGCCGCGCAAGUCCGAUGCUGGGGAGUCAAGGAAGUUCAGAGCUGGCUGGAGUCGCUCCAACUGAGCGAGUACGCUGACGCAUUUGCGAAGCAUGACGUCACUGGCAGGGAGCUCCUGUCUCUAGCCAGGAGGGAUCUAAAAGACCUUGGAGUGACGAAGGUAGGCCACGUCAAGAGGAUUCUCCAGGCCGUCAAGGAACUCCAGUGACGACGGCGAGGCCGCUCCGAAGGGGAUGGCCUUGCUUAACUGACAAAUUGAAUCUGAUUUUUCUUCCAUAUAAAAACUUUUUUUAAAUCUAGUUAUAGAUUCUUAUUCUAAAUAGCUCUAUGAGAAAUAUAAACUUAAACAAAAAUCAAAUAAAUGAAAUAUAUUUUCGUCUAUACGUAGUUAAAUAAUCUAUAAUAAUAAAAGUAUAAAAUAAUAUUUAAAAUAUGUAUUAACGUCCCAAAAAUAUAUUAUAUUUGAACCCAAUUAGAUAUAGUAUAGGAUUGAAAUGGUGGCUUUCUAAAAUGAAAGAAAAAUCAGAAGAUCGAUUUUAUAGGUGGAGCUUCACCCCUUUUGAUAUGACAGCGUGAAUCGAGAGAUCAGUGAUCUCGGAACUCUCGAAUAGACGCAGUAAUUAACUCGAUAACACUCGAUACGCGAUCGCAAUCGAGUUGUUUGCGAUGCAUAUGGCAGCUUUUCAGCUGAACGGAAUACUGUUAGUCAAACUUAUGUUGCUCGAAAUAAAAUAACUAUGUUUACGAUGAGUGAAUUGUCGCAAAGCAGCAACCUUAUUUGGGAAAUUCCAAGAUAAUUUAUUUAUAGAAUGUUGCCAAUGCAUAAUAUAAAUGGAGUGAAAUAACUAUCAAAAUAAUUUAAAAUCAAUGUUGUCAAUUAUAUUGACACUGGCUAUGACCACGAUCAAGUGACAAGAAACACGAAAAGAGCUCAAAAAAUAAACAUUCUAAAUAGUACCUACCUAACUACAUAGGUAGUUCUUUAUAAAAUAGCCUCUGCAUUUAAAAACGCACAAAUAACAAUAUAAAAUGAAACAAUUCACUUCCCCUUCAAUGUCACUUGAUUGCGGACUUUGAUUAUAAACAAAAAUUGAAAAAUGUGCCAUAAUAAUGCUAAAACUAUAUUCAUAGACGCAAGCAGAAAUGACACUGAUUUGACGAAUAUUGAAUUUUAAGAUGUAUUUCCUUUGCUAAGCUUCUAUCAUCGAAUAUCUUCUACCUCUGUUGCUUAAGGGACGGUUCAUAUCUGACGGAAAAUACGUCAAGCGUAUCGCAAAUGUACAGUCAACUUCAGGUCAGUGGUCAUAAUUUUAUAGGAAAAUCGUACUCAUUACUAUUGAGUUAAGGUGCAUGACAGUUACCACUAAUGUGCAGUUUACUGUACGUAUCAUCAUUUGAGUGUAAGCGGUCAAAUUUCCUUCUAUACAUUUUUCUGUUCUGAUAUGAACCCUUCCUUAUCCUUUCCUAUUUGUGACUAUUCUACUAACCACUUCAGUUGUGACGAAAGUCAUCGAAAAAAAUAUUUUCUAAAUCGUUUUGAUGUUCGCAAAAAUGCCGAACUCUGACGAAUUGACUAUUGUAUUGUAAAAUAUAUAUUUAUUACUAUUGAUAUAUAUUUAAAUUAAAUAAUGGAAAAUCGUACUUUUAACUGGAUCAAUGUUAUUGAUGCAUACUUUCGUCAUACCGUAUAUUAUGGUAAUGACAAUGAAUAAAUUCGUUUUUAAAUUAGGCAAGGAUAAGUACGGAAAAUGAAGGAAAAAAUGUUGAAAUGGACGUUAACUACGCCAAAAAAAUAUUUAUACCGUAAUUCAUAGUUUUUUUUUAACAACUUUACCGACAUAAAAAAAGAGUGGAUAUGAAUUGGGAACAGAAAGCGCGAAUUUAUUAGCGAAACGUCACUAUAUUUACGAAUUAUCCGAUUUUAAAGUUUUCCUGACAAAAUAAUUUUCUAAAAAAACGAACGAUUGAAAAAAAAUACAUAAUUUCGUCCCAUAUUUAAAGGUCCCUUAAAAUAGUUGUACCUCUAAAAGCUGCCAAAAUUGCCUUCCAAAAUGUGAAAGAUUUUUCUUAAAUUGUUGUUGAAGAUUGUUUACUUACGGUAUUUUAUUGAAAACAACGAAUUAUUGCAUUGUUUGGCUAUAUACUUUACCCGUGUUUUUCGGGAAAAGACUGCUAGAUAUCACUGUCGAAUAAAUUUUAAUAUCUCUUUGGCAAUGGCAUAUAGUUCGUGAUGUCCUGAAUAUUUAGCACCACCCUUUUUUUUAUAAACUCUUUGGAGGUUAAAUUACUGGCUGCUUAUAUUAAGGAAAAAAAAAUCUGUUUUCCUAUUUUAAAGUAUGAAAACUUUUUUAUACUCCGGAAUUUGCAAAGCGAACCUCAAGUAAUGUCAUCGAUAUAUAAAAUUAUUUUUUGUUCUCUUAUUGGCAGCCAGUAUACUGUAAAGUUAAAAUAAAGUUAUAAACAGUACUAUAUAAAUCAGUCAAUAUUUACCAUAGAUUUAAUGAAAGUAAUGGAAAACUGUAAAACAUAGUAAUACCUCGUACAUAAGCGGACUUGCAGCAGUAGACAGAUUUUUUG